AUGAAGUCAUUGCACCAGGCACUUUGUAGUCUCACUCCCACAGCUACCUCUUCAGCAGAGCUACUCAAGCAGCUCCAUGAGUGCCGUUGCCCUGAAGAUCCAAGUCCUGAGCACCAGGCUGAAAGGCUGCUCAAUCAACUGACCUACCAAGAUUUCCCUGCCCUUCGACGAGCAAAAGCGAAACUCACUGUCGCAUCGUGCUUACCCACCGACACUGGUGCAGAACCCUACACCAGCUUUGCAGGUGCUGUCAUUGAGGCCAGUGACAUCCUGAAACCCCAGUGCGAACUAUAUGACUCAGGAGCCUCAUGCCACAUGACCCCAUUCUGCAACCAGCUCAUCAAUUAUGUCCCUAUUGAUGCUCAACCAAUUACUGCCGCCGACAAACAAGUCUUCCACGCUGUCGGAAAGGGCGACUUGCAGAUUUGUAUUCCUAAUGGGAAGACAACAAUGGUUAUGCUCCUGCGCAAUGUCCUUUAUGCUCCGAGCAUGGGGCUUACCAUUGUGUCCAUCAGCUGCAUUGCUGCAGCUGGCUAUGCUGCACUCUUCUGGUCCAACUUUUGUCGUAUCUUUGAUCCAAAGGACUGCCGUAUUGCCCACAUCCACAUUACACCCAACGGAUUCUACCAUGUGGAACACAGAGAGGUCGUCUCGAGCGCGAGCAUGACAACCAUAACAGCGGAGGAUCCUCAUUGUCGCAUGGGACACAUCUUGCAUGACAUGGCUUGGAAGCUGGUCAAGCAAGGGUUAGUGACUGGGGUAGUGUUGGAAGGGGAUGACAGGCGGAUGCACACCUGCGAGUCAUGCGAGUAUGCAAAGGCAACUCGCAAGAGGGUUCGGAAGGAGCAGGAGGAGCCUUGUGCUGACUUGUGGGGGCUGGCACACACCAAGAUGAUCCACAAGAAGCAAUACUAUGUAUCCUUCAGUGACGAUGCCACCCGCUACACCUGCCUCUCCCUCCUCCGACACAAAGAUGAGGCCUUCGACACUUAUUGA